ACAGCAAAUUUCAAUUACAAUUGAAAAGUUUUUAUGUGCUUUGUCUUCUUCUCAGUCUUUAUAUUGAUUUUAUUUCUGUUAAUAUUUUUACGUUAAAAUACAAAUUUUUGCACCUAAAACAAAGAAAAGAGAAAUAAUUUGUCAGUGUUAGUGAAUCUCUAGUUAGUUUUUCCUUACAUAUGCAUAACUUUUCGUACAUAUAGUCCGCUGGAAAAUAUGGAUUUAGCUAGUAUCGAAUUAAGUUCUGAAGCCUUAAUUGGCUCCUUGUUGGCUUUAUGCGCUUUAUUUGUUUUCUGUCGUAGUCUCUUAAUCGAAGAUGUCAUUUGCAUGACUGGUAAAACUAAACAUGGUUGGAAAUCUAUCAAAAUAUUGAACAGGGCUUGUUAUUGCAAUAUAUGUGAGAUAUUGUUAGCACCUUCAUCAGGUGUAUUUUGUGAUUGCUGUGGCAUUUGCUCGCACACACCUUGUACGAAAAAGGCCGAAAAACAAUUCAAAUGUAAAGAGAAGUGGGUUCGAAAUACCCGCUCCAUUCGCCAUCUAUGGAUAAAAGGUAAUUUGCCUUCGAUUGCCGCUUGUUCCGCCUGUAGCGAGGAUAUCGAAGAGGUUGGUUUAAGCGGUUGGCGUUGUGCCUGGUGCCAAAGAUGUUAUCACAAUAAUUGUUACAAGCGUAUCGAUAUAAAAGGCGAGUGCGAUUUUGGAGAAUUUCGCGAUAUGAUCUUUCCGCCUUACUGUAUAGUUGCUGCCCGUACACGAGAAUCGGUGAGACUGCAUUUGGCUGGAAUAAAACCGCCUAAUAUAGAGAAUUGGGAGCCCUUAAUUGUUAUCGCCAACACUCAGUCCGGUAGUAAAUCUGGUGCAGAUGUGCUUUCUCUAUUGAGAGGAUAUUUGCAUCCGUUGCAAGUUAUGGAACUAGGAUCUCGCGGACCGCAAGAUGCAAUGCAAUGGGCGGCUAAGGCCAGUCCCAGAUCUUGUCGUAUUUUGGUAGCUGGAGGUGACGGUACUAUUGGUUGGGUUCUAAAUACAAUUUACACUUUAAAUAUAAAGCCUGUUCCAGCUGUAGCGAUUAUGCCUUUAGGUACUGGUAAUGAUUUAUCACGUGUCUUGGGCUGGGGUUCAGAACCACCAUCCAUCUUAGAUCCAGUUGAAAUCUUGAAUAACAUAAGAAAAGCCCGUUCCAUAAACUUAGAUCGUUUUGAUGUACAAAUUGAAAAAUUACAUUACCGCUUGCCCAUUCAACGGCAUCCUAUCAAAACUGUUCACGUAUAUAGUUAUGUAAGUAUCGGGGUUGAUGCUCUAGUUACAUAUAAUUUUCAUAAAACUCGAGAGUCUUGCUUCUAUUUACUAAGUAAUCGCAUCUUUAACAAGUUAAUUUAUUUCGGUUUUGGUACGCAGCAAAUAGUACAACGGGACUGUGAAGGUUUAGAGCAAAAGUUAGAAAUGUAUUUGGAUAAUAAAUUGAUAAAAUUACCUGAAUUACAAUCGAUAGUGUUUUUAAAUAUAGAUUCUUGGGGGGCCGGUUGUAAACUGUGUGAGCUUAGCAAUGCUGACGAAUUACCUAGAAUCCAUAAUUGUAUAUGGGAUGGUGUCGUAGAAGUUUUCGGAAUUGUUUCGUCAUUUCAUAUAGCGCAACUUCAAGUAGGCAUCAGCAAACCCGUUCGCCUAGGUCAGGCCAAGCAUGUAAAGUUGGUUAUCAAAUCAACCUGUCCAAUGCAGGCCGAUGGCGAGCCGUGGAUACAGCAACCCGCCGAAAUACGUUUGCAAUCACGUAGCCAAGCGCGUAUGCUGAAAUUCUCGAAUAAUUAAGCAUUUCAUUAUAGGCUAAAUAUUUUAAGGUCCAAGACCGGCAUUUUAUUAUUUUAACUGAACUAAUUUAAGUUAAAAAAUCUUUAAGAAUUCCAUGUUAUGUUUUGUGUACUUAAAAAAUUUUAUUUUUGUAUAUAUCAAAAUUUUUUGUUUGGUUUAUUCAAUAAUUUUAUAAUCGAUUAAAAUCGAGAGGAGAAUCUCAUUAGAAUUAGUUUAUCAGUUUUAAUUAUCAAUUCCAUCCUAAGAAAUAGAGAAAUGUAAUUGGAUUGUUUUUUUGUUAAAAUUUUAUGUCAAUACCUUUGUGCAAAAAAAAGAAA